CUUCUGACACGAUUUUCUGUGUAUGAACAGUCGUGAAAUACUGUACAUGUCACUGGCCUUCAUCUCUGGCAUCCUCCUGACUGUCCUGGUUUUUGCCAUCAUCUACCUCUCCAGAAAAAAUUGCAAGAAAUCCCACCAAAAUUUACAAGGGGAAGUUUGCUUCCAGGCAGCACCUGGAGAACGUGCCAGGAACACCCAGAACGAGGUUACCUACAGCACUCUGGUCUUCCAGCGGAGUCAGACACCACUGGCUGUGUGAUGAUGAAGUUCCAAGAGAAAUAAAAAAAUGUUUUUUCCACUUUCUGAACAUCAAAAGCCAC